AUGCUGAAGACAUUGGACAGCUCCAAAGAGCUGCGGAUGAGCAAUGGGCUGGAUCAGGCUCACAUCUACUCAGAAAAGCACAUCCACAACGCAGAGAAUGGGUUGGAGGGCAGGCAGGGCUGGCGCAGGGAGACUACUCAGGAGCUGCUGCAAAAAGACAAGAGAAAACUCCAGGAGACUGUGAAAAGGAAGUUGGAAGGAGCCCGAUCACCACUUAAUGGAGACCAGCAGAAUGGUGCUUGCGAUGGGAGUUUUUCUCCAACCAGCAAGCGAAUACGAAAGGACAUUCCCACCGGGAUGGAAGCCAUCAACAGUUUGCCCAACAACAUGCCACUGCCUUCAGCUUCUCCUCUGCACCAACUUGACCUGAAGCCUUCUUUGCCCUUGCAAAAUAGCGGGACUCACACUCCUGGGCUCCUAGAAGACCUAAGUAAGAAUGGCAGACUCCCGGAGAUUAAACUGCAGCCUGUUAAUGGUUGUAGUGACCUGGAAGAUAGCUUCGCCAUCUUGCAGAACAAGGACCUCAAACAAGAACCUCUAGACGACCCUACUUGCAUAGACACAUCAGAAACAUCUCUUUCAAAUCAGAACAAGCUGUUCUCGGAUAUUAACCUGAAUGACCAGGAGUGGCAAGAAUUAAUCGAUGAACUGGCCAACACGGUUCCUGAGGAUGACAUACAGGACCUGUUCAAUGAAGACUUUGAAGAGAAGAAGGAGCCAGAAUUCUCGCAGCCAGCGACAGAGACCCCUCUCUCCCAGGAAAGUGUGAGCGUGAAGAGCGACCCCUCUCACUCUCCUUUUACACAUAUCUCCAUGGGAUCUCCCCAGACAAGGCCUUCUUCUUCCGGUCCUCCCUUUUCCACCGUCUCCACGGCCACCAGUUUACCUUCUGUUGCCAACACUCCUGCAGCUCCGAACCCCGCCAGCUCCCCAGCAAACUGUGCGGUCCAGUCCCCGCCAACUCCAAACCCAGCCCACACCCCGGGCCAAGCUCCACCACCUCGGCCUGGCAAUGGUUAUCUCCUCAAUCCGGCAGCAGUGCCGGUAGCUGGCUCGGGGUCAGGCCCGGGGGCUGUGCCCAGCUCCGACAUGUCUCCAGCGGAGCAGCUCAAACAGAUGGCAGCGCAGCAAGAGCAGAGGGCCAAGCUCAUGCAGCAGCAGCAACAGCAGCAGCAGCAGCACCCAAACCAGACUUCCAGCUGGUCCCCGUUGGGGCCUCCAUCCAGUCCAUACGGCGCAGCGUUCACUGCAGAAAAACCAAAUAGCCCCAUGAUGUACCCCCAAGCCUUUAACAACCAAAACCCCAUAGUGCCUCCGAUGGCAAACAACCUGCAGAAGACGGCAAUGAAUAACUACCUCCCGCAGAAUCACAUGAACAUGAUCAAUCAGCAGCCAAAUAACUUGGGUACAAACUCCUUAAACAAACAGCACAACAUUCUCUCUUACGGCAACACUAAGCCUUUGACCCAUUUCAAUGCAGACUUGAGUCAGAGAAUGACGCCACCCAUGGCCAAUCCCAACAAAAGCCCCCUGAUGCCCUACAUCCAGCAGCAGCCGCAGCAGCAGCAGCAGCCACAGCUCCAGGCUCCCAGGGCGCACCUGAGUGAGGACCAGAAACGCAUGCUUCUCAUGAAGCAGAAAGGAGUGAUGAACCAGCCCCUGGCGUACGCGGCACUGCCGUCCCACGGUCAGGACCAGCACCCAGUUGGGCUUCCCCGGACCACGGGCCCCAUGCAGUCCUCCGUGCCCCCAGGCUCAGGUGGCAUGGUCUCCGGCGCCAGCCCCUCGGGUCCGGGCUUCCUGGGCAGCCAGCCCCAGGCGGCCAUCAUGAAGCAGAUGCUCAUUGAUCAGCGGGCCCAGUUGAUGGAGCAGCAGAAGCAACAGUUCCUGCGGGAGCAAAGGCAGCAGCAGCAGCAGCAGCAGCAACAGCAGCAGCAGCAGAUUCUUGCCGAGCAGCAGCUGCAGCAGUCACAUGUACCCCGGCAGCACCUCCAGCCUCAGCGGAAUCCAUACCCUGUGCAGCAGGUCAAUCAGUUUCAAGGCUCUCCGCAGGACAUGGCGGCUGCGAGAAGCCAGGCAGCCCUCCAGAGCAUGCGGACGUCGCGGUUGAUGGCACAGAACGCAGGCAUGAUGGGUAUGGGGCCCUCUCAGAACCCAGGGACAAUGGCCACGGCCGCUGCCCAGUCUGAGAUGGGACUAUCCCCUUACAACACCACGCCUACCAGCCAACCAGGAAUGUACAACAUGAGCCCAGGAAUGACCCAGAUGUUGCAGCACCCGAACCAAAGUGGCAUGAGCAUCGCGCACAACCAAGCCCAGGGGCCGCCGAGGCAACCCGCCUCCGGGCAAGGGGUGGGGAUGGUGAGUGGGUUUGGUCAGAGCAUGCUGGUGAACUCCGCCAUGAGCCAGCAGCACCAGCAGAUGAAAGGGCCAGUGGGCCAGGCCCUGCCCAGGCCCCAAGGCCCGCCAAGGCUGCAGAGCAUCAUGGGAACAGUCCAGCAGGGAGCCCAGGGCUGGCAGCAGAGGAGCUUACAGGGGAUGCCUGGGAGGACUAGUGGAGAAUUAGGGUCAUUCAGCAACGGGGCCAGCUACUCGCUUCAAGCCGGCCAGCCGAGGCUGACCAAGCAACACUUCCCACAGGGACUGAGCCAGGUCGUGGACGCUAACACGGGUGCCAUGAGAACCCUCAACCCGGCUGCCAUGGGUCGGCAAAUGAUGCCACCGCUCCCGGGGCAGCAAGGGACCAGCCAGGCCAGGCCGAUGGUCAUGUCUGGCCUGACCCAGGGCGUCCCCGGCAUGCCAGUGUUCAGCCAGCCCCCAGCCCAGCAGAUGCCCAGCGGCAGCUUUGCUCCCAGCGGCCAGAGCCAAGCCUAUGAGCGGACUGCCCCUCAGGACAUGUCCUACAGUUACAGCGGGGAAGCAGCCGGGGCCUCCUUCCCGGGCCUCUCGGACAGUGCCGACCUCGUGGACUCCAUCAUCAAAGGUGGGCCGGGGGACGAGUGGAUGCAGGAGCUCGACGAGUUGUUUGGAAACCCCUAGUCAGGAGGGGGCCCAACGGGCAAAAGAAACAGGAUGUGGGCCCAUCCUGGUUUUUUGGUUUUUGACCCACGUAAACUGAGCAAAACUGCAGCUGGCUGAGCAUGGAAGAUCCAGGUGCCAGUCCACAGCCCUGCGGGGCCUCCUUCCACCUGAUUUUCUCACAGCAGCCGAGAAGAGACCAGGCAGAGCCCUGCUGCAAGAGAGGGAGCCGCACCAGAGGCAGGUGGGGGAGGCGACCCUGAGCCCCCUGCACCGCACUCCCUGCUCCGGCCCAGACGGACUGCUGCCCACGGCCAGGCAUCCGUCAGCCCGUCCUGGCCCAGGUGCGGAGCCUGCAGCUUUGGAGACACAAGAGACGGAGCCUCGGGCAGGAGGAGCCCCACAGAGGCUGCUGGGUGGUUGCACAGGCCGAGAGCACAGGUCAGACAUGUGCUGAGCUCUGGCUGGAAAGAGACCUCAGGCUCCCAGACCUGCGCCUGGCUGUGGAGGGCAGACACAGAGAACAGUGCUACGC